AUGCGAUCGCCACCAGAGAUCUACCAGCGGGAAGCCCUAGCUGCCCCGUCAGAUGAGUCGCAGAUGGUUCUUCAAAGCAUUUUUAUUUUGGUCGUCUCUCUCCUGUCUCUCCUGGGGGCUGGAUGGAUUAUACUGAGCUUCAUCUGCUUCAAAGCUCUUCGGUCGUUUCGCCAUCAGCUGAUUCUCGGUCUUGCGCUGAGUGACUUCUUGAUGGCACUGAACUUCUUAUCAUCCACGGCUAUGAAUAUCGGUGGUAAAGAAAUCGGUGCACGCGAGCAAAAGACAUUUUGCAGCUUCAAUGGAUUUACAACGCAGGUCUUCGUGAUCCAGACGGAUUACUGGGUUUUGACCAUCGCCAUGUGUACCUAUGUCAUACUGGCAGGCCACAAGUCAUUAUCCUCUUGGGUCCAGGAUCAGCGCAUCUUACUCUCGUGUUUACCAUGGGCGCUAAGUCUUCUUUGGGCUGGCAUCGGGCUGAAGCUUGCAGGAUACGGCGAUAUCGGAGCAUGGUGCUGGUUUACUUCCGACAAAGUCCGCCUUCUGGCCAAUUUCGUACCACGAUGGGUGAUUAUUAUUAUUAUUCUUGCUAUGUAUGCUCGUCUAUACUGGAUUCUACGAAAGUCGCAUAAGAGCUUUAUUUCACUCGGAAACUCAACAUCAGAUCCGGCAUCUGGACAUCGGACUACGCAGGGUGCCAUGAGAUCAAACCAUGAUGCGUGGAGGUACUAUGAAUCAGAUGCUGCAGGUCGUCGAAAGCUUCAAAAGAUUGCGCAGCUCAUGCUUAUGUAUCCUGUUGUUUAUAUGAUUGUCUGGACACUACCCACAGCCAUUCGAAUUUAUCAGGCUAUCACACAUACUCCUUCUCCAUUUGCAUUGCAGACGCUGGAUAAAGCUUGUAUUGUUUCUCAAGGUCUCGUUGAUGCGGUAAUCUAUGGAAUCAAUGAGGUUUCUCUUAGUCAAUGGCGCGAGCUCAUCUUUUCGGAAAGCCAUAGUGAUGCAGAUACUGGAACCUCACUACCAGCUGGAAUUCCCCGGCACCAUAAUCACGGACUAGCUAAUGAUUACGGAGUGAACGUCGCCUCUUCUGCCAGCAGUGAAACAAGAAUCAUAGCAAGGUCGAAAGAUAUGGAUACCAGCAGUGUAGAUAAGGAAGCGGGAAUCGAACUUACAGUUAUGCCGCUUAGUGUUAAGAGGGAAAAGGGCCUUCGUAACGGUAAUGGAUAUGAGUAA